AUGGAUCCACUUUCGAUUACCACGGCCUGUGUAGGGCUCAUAGGUACUGUUGCAAAGACGACGCUGGCCGUUACCAUUUUUACGCGCGAGUGUCGCGAGGCCCGAUCUGACCUCACAUCUAUAAACGGCGAAUUGUCCCAGCUGCAACUCGUUCUUGAGUUACUUAGAGAUGAUACAGCUGUCAGCGAUGACCAGAUCUUAUCAGAGUCUCUGCAGGAGCAGAUUCUGUCCAUCAUCGAUAAUUGCUCCGCUGUUGUCUCCAAGAUUAACCUUGUUCUUGAUAAACACUCUGGCAAGGUUGGAGUCCUAAAGUGGGCUGCAUUUGGCAAGAAUGAAGUUGUCGGGCUCCGCAUGUCGCUUGAAGCACAUCGCGGGUCCUUGAAUCUGGCCUUGGAGCUGGUCUCUGUUUCUUUGUCCAAGGCAAUUAAAAGCGAUACCACAGCCAUCAGAACCGACGUCCACGACAUAAAACAAGAUACAAGUCAGAUUCCCCAAAUAAUGGACGAGCUGACUAGACUACGGGCUAUCGUUGCUGGCGGUGACUUUCCGGCGGCGACCAUCGGGCAAAACUAUGUUCUCCAGCAAUAUCUUGACGAUCUUACUUCAUAUGCCGAGACAGUCUGUAACGAUGUUGAGUGGGAGACGAACAGCAGUGUCCAUGCACUUUCUCGUUCCUCGAGUCGAUCAGGCCCGCGGGAUGAAUCCUCGCCACCAGUCAUUCAGCUCGAGCCAAGUGCCGAUGCCAGCUCCCAGGUUGCCUCUCUGACAACUACUCGGGUCUACGACGAGGAUGAGAAUACAUGUUUACAGCCCACUAGGAGUGUUAGUACCGGCGACACAUCCCAGAAUACGUAUCAGGUGAGAAUCAAUUGCCACAACUAUCGUUUUUACGCAAAGAGUUCUAAAGUUCUUUUAUGGAAGGCCAAGAAGAAUAUCGUACUCGUUGGAGACCCUGCGUGUGGGAAAACGGCUCUUUUAUCUUACGGGAGCUUGGAUCGAUAUUAUUUUCUCUUGAACAUUACACUAAGUCCUAAUUACUUCAUGAGCCGUCUCUGUAAAGGCGCUUUCUUUAAAGGCGCUUUCUAUGAUGUCAUUGUCCCCACCGUCUUCGAAGAAUAUGCUGCCCAUAUAGACGGCAUUUAUUUCGCACUCCGGGUUGCUUCAGAAGACUACGACCGCAUUAGACCACUCUCGUAUCGGGCUAUAGAUGUGGCCUUGAUCUGCUUCGCAAUUGACUCGCCCGAUUCACUCGAGAACGUGAAAAAAACAUGGAUCUCAAAGGUUUCAAAUUUUAUGCCUAAUGUGCCUUGUAUCCUUGUCGGUCUUAAGAAGGACCUUCGCGACGACCCAAAGACUAUUGAGGAACUCAAGAAGGACAAUCAGCAGCCAGGAAAUGACAUGGCGAAAGAUAUAGGAGCCUUCAGAUAUGUUGAAUGCUCUGCCAAAACAGUCGAGGGGGUAAGAGAGGUCUCUGAGAUAGCUGCUGUUCAAAAGAGACCUAAUAGCCUUAGACGCAUGUGUAAGCGGUUGUCUUCAAGGUAG